UGUUUUGUGAUUAGUAUUUUACGUUCACCACCGAAAACAGGAAAAUAACAUUAGAAUAUUAUGCACAUUAACAAUCUACGUUAACUAGGUUUUACAGGCCAGUGAUUUAGUCCUAGUAGUUAAAAAUUGGAGACAGCGUAAAAAUAUGGCUGUACCUCCGUACCGAUCCCGGUUCAACUGGCAGCUUGUCGACGGUGAUCUAAAUCGACAGAUAUCAUACAAUAUCCAGUCGAGUGAUUCCUCUGAACCCAUUGCACAAGACGACUUGUUGGAUCCAGACACUUGCCUGGUUCUAGAAGUUGGUGAACAGGAGUGUUUUUGUGAGCAGACGAUUUGCAUUCAUCCCGCCUACCAAAUAAGCGAUCUGGCUCUCAUCGCGGAAUGUGCUACUAUUGAAUCCUACGUCGGAAGAAUGCAUGAGUACAAUCAAACGCACCACGGUCAUCUUAUUUUCGAUGGUGACGCCAAAUUGUACCGCUUCGACGUUAGCUUACAAUCCUGUACGGUUUCGGAAUUAGUGCUUCGUUAUAUUGUACCUCCAAAAAAUCCCUUGUGCAUAUAUGGAUUGCACCUAAAUUUAGCUAAAAACUCCAAUUCGUUAGGCUUAUUCUCCGGUAAAAGUACAAUUAAUCAAGCUAUGCUUAAAUACCAACUGGAUGACACAAAAUUGUCCGAGAAAGCAAUCAAGUGCAAAGAAUUCAUGUUAACAGCUAUGGGGAAUAACACCCGACAACAACAACCACCAGAAACAGGUCAAUUGCAAAACAUAUUCAACAACAACAUUGUUCCUCCUCCUGUUGGCAGUACUGUGCCGAACACACCCACGCCAAGUGAAGGAAACCUGAGCAGUCAUCAGCACCCAAACGAUCCAGGGGGAGCAAACAACUUUAUUCAACCACCGUUGGGUUCUUUCAGUGACAUGUUGAAAGGGUACAUUGAUACGAAAAUUUUGGAGCUGGAAUCCGCAUUAGAUGCGAAACUACAAGCGAUGGAACUUCGACAAAAUCAAAAACUGGACAAUAUUUUAUCCUUACUAGAAUCUAUUAGUAAUAAAAAGUAAUUGUUAUGUGAAUUUGAAUAACGA